AUGGGGCGUGACAGCCAGAGCAGCAAAAGCAAGAGUCAGAGUAGAUUAAACUCUGCUCAUUAUGGCCAGGCCCCGGCUGGUCCGACCGGCAGGGGCCAGACCCAGGCUCAAGGCAAGUCCAAUUCUCCUCAGCCUGGGCAUGCCACAGCUGCUCCGCCCGGCAGAAGCCAGGGCCUGAACAGAUCAGGCUCUGCCCAAUUUGGCCAGGCCCCAGUUACCCAGCAAGGUAGAACCCCAGCUGCACAGUCCAGCAGGGUCCCAACUCCUCAAAAUCGCCCCACCUUAGCUGCUCAGCACAAGACAUCAACGAGUCAAACUGGCCUUCCCUUGACUGCUCAGCACAAGUCUUCAACUCAUCAAACUAAUGUGCUCUCAACUCUGAUUUACGGUAAGACUCGAGCCGCCCAAAAUGACUUGGCCACUGGUGCUCAGCACAGCAAAGCCACAGUUACACAGCACGGCAAAUCGCUGGCCGCCACGAAGGUGUCCUCCGCAUGGGCGGGCACGCGACCUCGCGCCUUGGAAGGCAAAGCGUCGAAGACGUCGCGGGGCUCGAAGGCAGUCAUUUCAGGCCCGUCGACCAGCCGCGGAUCCAGCGUCGCGUCCAGUCGCGGUUCCAGCAUUGCCUCCAGCCGCGGUUCCUCCAGCCGCGCCUCCAGCCUCGCCUCCGCCGCCUCCCGCGGCUCGAUCUCCACCCUCGCGGUCAUCGUCGCCCCGCCCCAACCCGCCAAGAAGCGCAGUCGCCGGCAGCGGCUGCUGGCCACGGCGUGCUUCCUGGCGGCGGUGGCGGCGGACGGCGCGGCCGAGGGCCUUCGGAGUAGCCUGAGAGGGGUCUCGCAGAGUUCCGAACCCAAGGCCAAGCGACCCACAAGAGUCAGUAUUUCAGAGGUUGUCAAGCAAAUAGCCAUCGAUGCAGUGCAGAGUAUCGAAGAUGGCGGGGAAGCCGUGGGCGAGGCGACGACCGCCGGCGAGGACGCGACCGCCGGCGAGGCGACGACCGUCGGCGAGGAUGCGACCGCAGGCGAGGAUGCGACCGCAGGCGAAGUGACGACCGCCGGCGAGGAUGCGGCCGUCGUCGAGGAUGCGACCGCCGGCGAGGAUGCAGCUGUUGUCGAGGAUGCGACCGCCGGCGAGGAUGCGACCGCCGAGGUGGAGGCGACCGUCCAGCGAGGUGGAGCCGCCGUGGCCGAGGCCGCGUUCGAGGAGAUCAUGGAGAACGUGGGCGAGCAGCCGCCUCAAGCGGACAGCUUCUCAGUCGUGUCAGAGAUCCUCGAGAAAAUAACGUCGUCCUUCCUGAUUGAGGAUGAUCUGUCUGAGACCGAGGAUUCCGAAGAGCUCCCCGCCGAGCAGGAAGAAGUGGAAGUAGAGGAGUACGAGCCAGAACCGGAACCAGAAGUCGAACCUGAGUCGGAACCUGAAUCGCCGCCUGAAGAUGAAGGGGACGAGGACGGUGAACCCAAGUACCCGUGUCUCUGCCACCCGCAGAAGCUCUUCCUAUCCAUUGCCACAGGCAUACCAGUCAUGACCACGUGGUUCGAGUACCCGUCUCCCGCCCUGCAGGAGGAGCUGCGCAAGAUCGCGCAGGCCAUCGUGGCUCCCGGCAAAGGCAUCUUGGCCGCCGACGAGUCCACUUCCACCAUCGGCAAGCGUUUCGCGGACAUCUCCGUGGAGAACAACGAAGAUAAUCGCCGCAAGUACCGACAGCUUCUCUUUACCUGCGACAAUGAGAUCAGCAAAUACAUCUCUGGAGUGAUCUUGUUCCAUGAGACACUCUACCAGAAAGCUGAUGACGGCACUCCCUUUGUUGAGCUCUUGCGCCAACGCAACAUUAUUCCUGGGAUCAAGGUUGACAAAGGAGUGGUUCCGUUAUUUGGUUCCGAAGAUGAAUGCACCACUCAGGGACUCGAUGACUUGGCGAAGCGGUGUGCACAGUACAAGAAGGAUGGCUGUCAUUUUGCCAAAUGGCGAUGUGUGCUGAAAAUUGGCAAGAACACUCCAUCAUACCAAGCCAUUCUGGAAAAUGCCAAUGUGUUGGCCCGUUAUGCUAGCAUAUGCCAGGCCAAUCGCAUUGUCCCCAUUGUAGAGCCUGAGAUCUUACCUGAUGGCGAGCACGACUUGGAACGAUGCCAGAAAGUUACGGAAACCGUUCUAGCUGCUGUAUACAAGGCUCUGAAUGAUCACCAUGUCUAUCUUGAGGGCACUUUGUUGAAACCUAACAUGGUUACUUCAGGCGCCCAGAGUGCUAGCAAAUCCUCGAUUGCAGACAAUGCUCUUGGCACGGUGACAGCCCUCAGUCGGACCGUGCCGCCUGCGGUUGCGGGGGUUGUGUUUUUGUCUGGUGGACAGUCUGAGGAAGAGGCCACUCAAAACCUUGAUGCCAUCAAUAAGCAAGAAGGCAGGAAGCCAUGGGCGCUCACUUUCAGCUUUGGCCGAGCUCUGCAGGCUUCUGUCUUGCAAGCUUGGGCAGGAAAGGACGAAAACAUCCCAGCUGCUCAGCAAGAACUCAUGAACAGAGCAAAGGCUAACUCCUUAGCUUACCAAGGCAAAUACGUCGCUGGCAGCAUUCCCAGUCGUGCUUCCAAGAAGUCCAACUUUGUUGCUACUCAUGCCUACUAGAUCUUGCCUCCUGCAUUUUUCCUUUAUAUUUUUAUUCACUUCACACUUUUCACACAUACUGGCCUUUUAAAUUUUCCUUUUCUACCUUCUCACAAUUUUAAGUAUUUUGCUGCAAAUUUAUUUCCUAUCUCCUCUGAAUAGUAGUUGCACACAUAUAGCCACCUAAAAGCGAAUUCAGACGCUUCUCUAGGAAAAUACGUUGCAGGCACUGUGCAGGGCAAAGCAGGAGAGCAAGGUUUGUUCGUCAAGAACCAUGCCUACUAAACAGUUCUUCAUGUCACACAAGCCAUGUCAUCCUGGCUUUUCCCUUGUUUUAAAACUACAUGGAAGCACCUGUGCAUCAUGCACAAAGCAAAAUAUCUUUGUAGGCAUAUAGAACUGUUGAAAGUAUUACUAUUAACUACCAUCAUCUAGAAGUGGCUAAGAAGUAAAAAUCAGUAGCAAAAAUGUAUUGCAAAACUAUGUAUGAUAAUUGUACAAGCAUUAAAAAAGAAAUAAACAGUCACUGAAUGCUACUGGGUUACCGAGAUGACACAUUUUUCAGAUGGUUUGAAAUUGCAAUCUAAUCUAUGAAACAUCAUGCGAUAUUUAAUUUAGCUCCUUUGUGGGGGAAAGUGUGGGAAAAGCAACUUUUUUUUUUUCUUCAAAGAAAACUCGUACUUUUAGGUGGUCAUUAACAAGUUAACCAAGUAAACCUAAAAAUUCAGUCUUUGAAGUCCAGUUUUAGCUUAACAUUAAAUGUAGGUGUCAAGUCUUAUACUUGGCAAUUCAACAAGUUGUGAUUUGCUGUUGUGAUCCACUAAAUAAAUAUAAUUAAAUAAAUGUAAAAAACUAAAAAUAAUAGUGAGAUAUGUUGUAAGUAUAUAAGGCAGUAUAAUUGUAGAACUCUGAUAUAUCAUAUUUACAUUUUCUUCUUGUCGUUUAUCUGUUAUACUGAACAGUGGAAAGCGGAAAUGCAGGUUCAUAUGAAAAAAAUUAAAUGUAUGUGUGUAUAUAUAUCUUCAAGUUAGUGUUUUCUGUACGUAAUCACCAAUGCUUAAUGAAUUACAAUACGAAUUAUGUGUAAAAAUAAAGAAUAUCACCAUAUUACGUAUCUGUGUAAUGUCACCAAUGUAAAAGCUGUGGAGGAAGAUAUUAAACAAAACGAAACACCAAUGUAUACAAUUGUUACUUUUCACCAAAUUCCCAGGCUUUAUUCCUUAAUGUUCCUAAAGACAAUUUCAAUCAAUUUAAAUAAAUUGCUACUUGAAAUAUUUCAAGAAAGGUCCGACUUGUUAUAAUUCAACACUGAGGUCUGAUGUAGAUAGAUUUAGAAUAGAUGUGGAAAUUUGUUAUUUAUCCAAGAUUAAUGAAACAAUGUUUAAAAUUAGUAAAUAAUGUUGAAAUGUUGAAAAGAAGUUGCAACUUUUUGUAAGUAAAGUAAAGAUAUUUAAUAGGAGAGUGAACUUUAAAUUAUCUGAUGCAUAUACUGAAAUCUAUAUGCCUGUUCACCAUUUGUGAUAAAUAUUAUCCAUUGGCAAUGGAAAUUAUUCUAAAUAAAGAAUGUGACGCUUCACUCACAUAGAUGGAAAAAUAGGCUGCAAAUAUAUCAUUUGGGUUUUGUUCAUGAUUUGGAUAUAUGGAUCUUGAAGAUGCCUUGUAGAGUAGGAAAGAUUCAUCAUAUUCUAUUUUGAAAGAGGGCUGGGUAUGAGGUAAUGGCGCAUUGCAUGCUAUUUUCUUGUACUAGAGAUUAAAAUUAGCUCUUAAAACUAGCUUUUCAAAGUAGUAUUAUGUUGGCUUAACAGUUUUCAAAUGAAGGAUUCCAAAUAAGAGAAGGUGGAUGGUGUAAAGUGGUGUAUAUUGAACUUGUAUACGUACUAAAUAAAAACUUAAGUCUUAGCGAGUUGAAAGAUUUGUUUUGUUAAAACUAUUGUAUUAUGUUUGAAUUCUUUGUACACUUAACAUUAUUCCUUUAUGAAGUAAUUAAUUACAUUUAAAACUAUUUCAUUCUGAAUGCUUUUCAAAAUAGUGGAUUUCAAUGCCUUAAUUCUGUUAUUUUUUCCUAGGGAAUGCAAAUAAUAAUUUUGCAGAUAUUUACUGUCCUGGAAUGAAAAUUUGAUUUUUAUUAAAAUGUUAAUAUUGAGAUUAAUUCCUUGAACUGACCUUUUUUAAAAAUGAUACCAAAAGAAAUACAUUUCUUGAAAUUAUUUUUUUAUUGGACAGUCAAUCCAAAUAUUUGUUUUUCAUACUAUUUUUAUUGUUUUUGAUUCUCCUCAGUCUGACAUGUCUUUUUUUUAAAUAGAUAAGUAUCAGGGUUGUUAAAAUAAAUGGCAUCCUCUUUUAGGAGUGUAAGCAGCAGAUUUAAUUUCAGGAGAUUCAUUUGAAUUUGUGAUAUUCAUUUGAUUUCAGGAGAUUCAUUUGAUUUCAUUUGAAUAUUUGUGUCAGUUCAUUUACUUUAUAAACUUUGACUCAAUGACAUUAAUGAUCUCUUAUAAAAGAGUCACUUGUAGGCAUUUGCACUGUUGUUAAUAAAUGUACUUCAAGUACAUUUAUUAUGCACAUAAAUGUACAAGGGGCAAGUUUUGAUCUAAAGAUAUGUGCUAUUAAAAUAUUAAUACAAGUGUCUUUGCAUUAUGUUUUUGGUUAUUUAAAAAAAGUAUAUUAUGUGCUAUAUUCUUCUUCUUGGUAUUUGCUUAUGUUUCUUGAGUGAGGAGUGUAAUUGCACCUACUGAAUGCUGUGGUCUGAUUAUUACAAGUAGUAUAGUAGAAAUUGAUGGAAUUAUGUUGCUUUAUGGAUAUCUGUAAUAUGGAGUUUGCAGUCAUUUAAGAAAUUACAGAAACUAUGAAGAAUAAAUGUUAAAAACUUGACAGAGUAUUAAUAAUUAGAUAUUACU